GAGAAAGGUACUUUGCGCUACAGCAAACACUCUUACAGAGCGUAGAAUGAGCUCGAAUUUGGCAUGCAGCACGCUCCCAUGCAGAGAAUCUCAUGAGCCAACAACUAUGGAUGAUUCCUAUGGAUCCCAUUUGUCCCAAGAUCAUGUGACUGAUGUCAUUCUUAAUGCACUGGAAGAUGUCCACAUCAUUGUAAACCAGCUUUGUGUAAUGAGCAGGAGGCUUGAUGCUGGUAUUGCGUUUCUUCCUGAAGUGAGUGGAGAGAGUUUCAGAUAGCAGACCGUAGGUGAAGAGAAUGGACCACUGGAUACAACAGAGCCCACAGGGCUUCUAUCUGAAUCAGAUGAAAUUAACCAUGAUGCUGUGUUUACGAAAGAAACAAUGGAAGUGAUGUCAGCCUCUGAGAAAACUGGUGAUAACUUGUUGUUUGAGACUAAGCCGUCUGACCGUGAAAGAGGAAGAGAUAAUGAGAAAUCAAAGCAGCAUGACGUGGUCACUGUUGGACUUAAAGACCAAUCAGGAGACAUUUCCUCAGAAUCUCCCAAAGUGUAUAUAACCGCUCCGCCAGAGGUUGCAGAAGUCAUGACUUGUAAAGUGGUCGAUGGCUUGAGUUCUCUCAUGGUGUCAGGAUCAGAGGAACUGGUCAGCAGUGUUAUCCGCAUAGAAAUCACCAACCACAACGAAUGUCCCUUCUCCCCACUCAUCGUAGCUUUACCAUUCCAAGCAAGUUACCGUGGAAACUACAGGGAGAUCACAGUGAAAGUAGUGGAUCUGGAGCAAAGAGUUAGCUACGUCACCCCUACAUCUACUGAAGGUGUCUAUGGUGGACAAAGGGGUUCAUAUGCAGUAGUGCGUGUAUACUCACUUGGGGUGUUUGCAGUUCUGUCCCGUUUGAGAAUGGAGACUUUUACAGUCCCUAAAUCAGGACUGUCUCUUAAACUCAGUAUGGACUCCAGGAUAUGCCUUGACUAUUUAACUGGAUGCUUCACCGUACCAGUCAUUGCUCAAGUCACGGUUCAGCCAGUGGACGCUGCUGUUUUGUCUUCUAUUAAAUCCAAAAACGAUUCCUACCAUGCUGUGCUCACCUCAUCUCCAUUGCUCUACCUAAGCCAACCAUCAGCCCUUAAACUCCGGCGGCCUUUCACACUUAUCUUGCCCUGUCCUCCUAACUCUGACAAGAAGAAAGCUGAAGAAGAAACUGACCGAUGUGCUUUAGCAUCAGGCACUCUCUCACAUCAGCGAUUUAGGGUUGAUGGUGCUUUAGUUAAGUCUCCGAAAGACCGUAAAGAGCAACUGGCUGUACUGGGCCAGAUAGAGAACCAUUGGCAGGUUCUUGAUAAAGUGAAUGUGAGGAACCUACAGAACGGCCUGGUGUCUUUUGAAGUUACCGAGAAUCAUAACAGGUUAAUUGUCCUUCGGCUUCAAUCCUCUGUGAAAUCUUCCUUACUGGCCUCCUUAGUUGAAGAACUGGAAGAAGCUGUAAGGAUUUUCUCAGUCACUAUUCUAGUCCAUCGUGAUCCUCUGGACCCCAGCAGUGUUGUUGUGGUCACCCUGCCGAGCAGAGAUCUCAGCUGGGAGUCUUCUGAACUCCAGGCCCUGGCUUACUGUGGGCCUCCAGAGACGUCAUCCGAAAUCUUCAUGAGGGAGGGAGAACAGCUGCUUCUCAGGUUUAGCGGGAACAUAACCUGCAAUGAUAACCAAGGGACAGAUUCUCACAUAAUCACAUUCCACAACCAAAGAAGAAACCGUCUUUAUUUGAGAUUGAAAGAAGUGGACCCGUUUGGCAACUACAGCUCUCCUCACUACAAAGGUGCAGCCAGUUUGUUCAGGAUCACUAAAGGCCAUCUGGUCUGGAAUGGUGACACAUCAGCUCUGCCCAAAGACUUUCCUCUAGAACAUAUUGUGUGUCGAUUGCCACUCACUCUGCCCAAGGGUGCAAGAACAGUCUGUCGACCUGUGAGUGCAAGAGUUAUGCAGCACAGUCAACCAGAUUCUCUCUCAGAUGAGCUCUUAUCGUGGCUUUGUGAUGAGCUAACCGAGGACGAUGCAGCGCUUCUUGUUGUGUCCCUCCGUCUCCGACGCUCAGCUGUCCAGAUUGCCCGCCUCCGUGCACCUCACAACCUCUCACAACAAGUCUUUCACAUCCUGACAGCGUGGAGGCGGGGCCUCCCCUCCUCCUCCCCAAAAUGUCCCACCCUGGCGCACUGUCUAACGCUCUCAGGGAGGCCAGACCUUGCCAAAAAGCUGCUGCUCAGGGAACCAGCAGAUCACAAAAUAGAGCAGAGAAAACCAGGAGAAACGUGACCACCAGGCAACCUUAUGAGACCUGUAAAGGUUAAUGUUGCUUUAUUAUGUUAGUCAUACAAAGAGGCUUCUGAAUUGUAGUAUUUAGUUGAUACUAUAGAAUUUCAUAUAGGUUAAUUAGGGUUAUAAAUGUUAUAUACAGUAGUCUCAUAAAUUUAAACUUGGCUACGAGUAUCGAGAUACUUUAGGAAAAUGUGGUUGGAAUAUUUCUCACGUAAAAAUAAAUGUCAGACUGAUGUGUGAGCAAAUGCAGAAAUUAUUGUGUCCAGCAGAUGUUGCUGAUGUAAGAACUUCAAAUUGCAUUGAAAUUUGCUUACUGGAAGCACGUUCGUGAUUUGCACAAAUAGUCACUUGGCAGGAAGAGUAAAACAAGACAAACCCAGCUAAACAAGGUUAAGCCAUACAAAGUUCACAAGACAAAAUUAGUUUUUAUUAUGCAGUAUUUAUACUUUAGAACUUUAUUUGCCGUUUGUACACGUACAGAUUACUCUCAACAGUUACAAACAACAUACAAACGAAAUAUAAAAAACUAUUGAGUGGAGAAAGUGUGACAUCUAGCCUCUAUCUUGCCAAUAAUAUGGAGCAAUUAGACUUCAUAAUUGUUAAGUUCCACAUUAAGUAAUUAUAGCCUACUACAAAAUAAAUUCCAUUACAAUUUAUCAAUUAUGUAUCUUCAGUACAACAAUUAAACUCACUAGAGAGUGACAAGCAUUCGGCCCAGUUUACCAAUCUGGUGAAUGGAGGUCAGUCCAUUUAUCACGCGCGUCUCUCUGACGACGAUGAUAAACUCGUCCAUACAGCAGCAGCGGGCCACACCGACAGCCGCGUGACUGUUGAGGGUGUUGCGGACACAGCUGACGUCACCAGCAGCCUGCCUCUGAGGCACGUGUAACCGUGCAUGGGCAUGGCCCAUUCACUACAUUGAAGUUUCAGUAGAGUUGUGUAUAACGUUAAAACACGGUAUAGACGCCACG